CUCUCCCUCAUUAAAACACAGCAAUCACAAAAAAAAAAAAAAGAGAAAUAAUUGAGAAAAAUUCAGAAGAAAAAUGUCGGGUCGUGGAAAGGGAGGCAAGGGUUUGGGGAAAGGAGGAGCGAAGCGACACAGGAAGGUCCUGAGAGACAACAUCCAGGGAAUCACCAAGCCUGCGAUACGCCGUUUGGCUCGCAGAGGAGGCGUGAAGCGUAUCAGCGGUCUGAUCUACGAGGAGACACGUGGAGUGCUCAAGAUCUUUUUGGAGAACGUCAUCCGCGACGCCGUCACAUACACCGAGCACGCGCGUAGGAAGACUGUGACCGCUAUGGAUGUGGUGUAUGCUCUCAAGAGGCAAGGGAGGACUCUCUAUGGAUUCGGCGGCUAGGGUUUUACAAUUUGUUUUUCUUUUUUUUUGGUUUAUAAUCAAUUUCUCAGAUUUGAUUUUUUUCUUUUAGUGAGUUUCAGUUUGCUUUUUGUAUCAUCAAGAAAUAUAUGAAAUUCAAUAUUUGAACAA